UCUGUCAUUUUUGUGCAGCAUGAAACCAUUGCUGACAUGCCUGAUAUGAGCCUGAAGCAUCAGGAGGAGCUUCAUUUCACAUCAGACAGGCACAGAGUUUCCCCCGGAUCCUCUGUGAGUCUGUCUCUCUAAACCGUUGACCUUACAAAUGAGGCACACUGCAUCAUUGUGCGAAUUGGUGUUUGUGGGCGGUGCAAAGUGGAGUAGAGCACAUCAGAGUGCAGGAUAGCAGAGCAGAGCAGAGCAAAGAGAGGCAGGCACAUCCGCCGCUGCAGGGAUCAAAUCUGUACCAUCUGACGCUCAAGGAUUUAUGGGUUUAGUCAAAAUUGCUUUUCCCACUGUGGAGAUUAAGCACCGUAGGAUGUUUUCCACCAAGGCCGUAGAAUAGUGUAGCUGCUGCUGCUGCUGUUGCUGUUGCUGUUUUUCUUCUCUCUUAUCGGCUCCAGAGCUGCGGAGGGGAAUGUCUCAGGACGGCAGAGUGCUCCAAACCCUUGAGGGGAGACGAUUCUGACUGACAGGAGAGGUCCGUCCUCUGGGGAAUGUGAACCAUGCAGGUGGAUACAGUACUUGUGCUUUUCUGCGUUUGGCUCGUCGGUGCAGCAGGGAAGAUGGUCCAGCAGAGGGGUCACAAGCUGGAGACCUACAAACAGAGCAGGUUGCGAAGAGAAACCAACAUGGAUGGAGGUGGAGGUCAGAAACCUGGAGGUCCAAUUUACAAACGUAGUCCAGACAUGACAAAAUCUCCAAUGACAAAGUCUGAGCAACUCCUGAGAAUAGACGACCAUGAUUUUACCAUGAG